GGGACUGCUGUUUAUUUGCAGCUGGGCCAACUCGGCGGCGCAGGCGGCGGCGGAGUGCGGGGCGCCAGCGGCGGGUACAGCUGCCGCCGCACCAUGCCCGAGCCCACCUCCGGGCAGCCGCGGCGCGCCGCCGGGGCCCCGGCCGGGGAGGAUGCCAGACGCGCGGGAGCGGCCAGGGCAGCGGUGGCGGCGGCGGCACGAUGGUGGUGACGGGCUCUGCCCGAGGCAGCGGCGGGGACCGCGCGCCCUCCCGGCGGCGGGGCUGCGGACUCGCGCCGGCCGGGGCCGCGGCGCUGCUGGCCGGGGCGAGCUGCCUGUGCUACGGCCGCUCCCUGCAGGGCGAGUUCGUGCACGACGACGUGUGGGCGAUCGUGAACAACCCCGACGUGCGGCCCGGAGCCCCGCUCCGCUGGGGCAUCUUCACCAACGACUUCUGGGGCAAGGGCAUGGCCGAGAACACCAGCCACAAGUCCUACCGGCCGCUCUGCGUCCUCACAUUCAAGCUGAACAUACUUUUGACUGGCAUGAAUCCAUUCUACUUUCAUGCGGUGAAUGUGAUUUUACACUGUCUCGUGACUCUUGUCCUGAUGUACACCUGUGACAAAGCUGUCUUCAGGAACCGGGGACUUGCUUUUGCUACAGCGUUGCUUUUUGCUGUGCAUCCUGUUCACACAGAGGCGGUGGCUGGAAUUGUUGGCAGAGCCGAUGUGUUAGCAUGCCUGUUCUUUCUGUUGGCCUUUCUCUCCUACAAUAGGAGUGUGGACCAGCAUCAUGUUGGGGAAUGUUUCCCUCCCACCACUUCUCCCUUCUUCUUGCUGCUCAGUUUGUUUUUGGGGACCUGCGCGAUGCUGGUGAAAGAGACAGGCAUCACGGUGUUUGGAGUGUGCUUGGUUUAUGAUCUCUUUUCCCUAUCCCACAAGCAAGAGAAAUUGAGCAAUGGGGUCAUCCAUCAGUGCAGCCCUCAGCAGCCUUCGAACCCUCAGCCCCCCUCGCUGCCUGUGCACCCUCACCGGGAGAAUGGGAAGCAGCAUCGAUUUCCUCACCGAGGAGCUUGGGGUGGCUGCCACUCCCCAUCGCCACCAGAACCCAAGAGCAGUGGAUUCCCUGCGUCUCCUCGAGCUGUGUGGUCCAUGAUGAGGUAUCUGACAGCAAGGAGCAAUAGAAAUUUCCUGCUUACCAUGAGGCCAUUCUUAAAAAGGGCCACUUUGGUCAUAAGUUAUGUGAUUGUUGUUUUGUACUUCCGUCUGUGGAUCAUGGGAGGAUCUAUGCCCCUCUUUUCAGAGCAGGAUAAUCCAGCUUCAUUUUCGCCUUACAUUCUUACGAGGUUCCUUACCUAUUCCUACCUCUUGGCCUUCAACGUGUGGCUUCUGCUUGCACCCGUUACUCUAUGCUAUGACUGGCAGGUCGGCAGUAUUCCUCUGGUAGAGACCAUAUGGGACGUGCGGAACUUAGCCACCAUCCUUCUGGCAAUUGUCAUGACCUUAUUGAGCCUUCAUUGUUUAGCAGCCUUCAAGAGACUGGAGCACAAGGAAGUGUUAGUGGGCUUGUUGUUCCUGGUUUUCCCGUUCAUUCCAGCCAGCAAUCUCUUCUUCAGGGUGGGUUUUGUGGUGGCCGAGAGAGUCCUUUACAUGCCUAGCAUGGGCUACUGCAUCCUUUUUGUGCACGGAUUGAGGAAGCUCUGCACUUGGCUGAAUCGAUGUGGGGCCACCACGCUGACCGUGUGCACUGUGCUGCUAUUAUUGCUUUUCUCCUGGAAAACUGUGAAGCAGAAUGAAAUUUGGCUGUCAAGAGAGUCCCUGUUCAGGUCUGGAGUUCAAACCCUGCCCCACAAUGCCAAGGUUCACUACAACUACGCCAAUUUCCUGAAGGACCAGGGUCGGACCCGGGAAGCGAUCUACCACUACAGAACGGCCCUCAGGUUGUAUCCUCGCCACGCAAGUGCCCUGAACAACCUUGGAACACUGACGAGAGACACAGCAGAGGCAAAGAUGUACUAUCAGAGGGCUCUCCAGCUAAAUCCGCAGCACAACCGGGCUCUUUUCAAUCUUGGAAAUCUCCUUAAGUCCCAGGAGAAAAAGGAAGAGGCUAUCUCCUUACUGAAGGACUCCAUUAAAUAUGGUCCCGAGUUUGCAGAUGCGUAUUCUAGCUUAGCUUCAUUGUUGGCUGAGCAGGAGAGAUUUAAGGAGGCUGAGGAGAUAUACCAGGCUGGAAUAAAGAACUGUCCAGACAGCUCAGACUUACACAACAACUAUGGGGUUUUCUUAGUUGAUACUGGCUCUCCAGAGAAGGCAGUGGCCCAUUACCAACAGGCCAUCACACUCAGCCCAAGUCAUCACGUGGCCAUGGUGAAUCUGGGGAGGCUCUACAGGUCCUUGGGAGACAACAGUGUGGCUGAAGAAUGGUACAAACGGGCCCUGCAGGUGGCACGCAAAGCUGAGCUGUUAUCACCUCUGGGAGCACUGUAUUAUAACACGGGCCGCUAUGACGAGGCCCUGCAGGUUUACCGGGAAGCUGCGGCACUUCAGCCUUCUCAAAGGGAGCUCCGCCUGGCCCUGGCUCAGGUUUUGGCCGUGAUGGGUCAGACAAAAGAAGCUGAGAAGAUGACCAACCACAUCGUGUCAGAAGAGACCGGAUGCCUUGAAUGCUACCGCCUGUUGUCAGCAAUCUACAGCAAGCAGGAGCACCAUGACAAGGCACUCGAUGCUAUAGACAAGGCUCUCCAGCUGAAACCAAAGGACCCAAAAGUCAUAUCUGAACUUUUUUUCACAAAAGGAAACCAACUAAGAGAGCAGAAUCUUCUGGAUAAAGCUUUUGAGAGCUAUAAAGCCGCCGUGGAGUUAAAUCCAGAUCAAGCACAGGCCUGGAUGAACAUGGGUGGAAUCCAACACAUCAAGGGAAACUAUGUGUCUGCAAGAGCUUAUUACAAGAGAGCCUUCCAACUGGUUCCAGAUAGCAAACUGCUGCAGGAAAAUCUCGCCAAGUUGGAUCGCCUAGAGAAACGAUUACAAGAAGUUCGAGAAAAGGAUCAAACGUAGCAGUGUUUGACCCAGUCGUGAGGAACAGUGCUGGUGCCUCUGGAAGAGGAAGAGAUGGAGGCCUUCACCUCAGCAGGGGUACAACAGAGAAGCCUUCCGCUCGCUCGCUCUGAGUUCAGGGAGGCAUGUUUUGGGACGCCUGCUGGUAACCCUGUGCUGAGGGACUCGCAUUUCCCUGGAAGAAGAAAGAGCAAGCAAGGGCUAGGUCUGAGAGAAAGUAAAACAACUACUACACAUUUUGCAGAUUUUUGUUGGCUUUAAUUCCAGGUCUCCCUUCAUCUAUUUAUCUGCUUUUCCAACCUAAAAAUCUAAUUCCAUCUCUUAAUGUAGACUUUUAUGUCCCAGAAAUACAGAGGCUUGAAAUGCUAUGAAGGUAGAGCAGCUCUUCUUCAUGAGAUGAGAUAUGUCAAAGAGGGAAAAAAAUCUCUGGGAUAAACCAUUUGGGUAAUUCCACCAAGAGGUAGCUCAUUUAGUUCUCCAGAACUAGAGAUGAGUGGCUGAUAGUUUUUGUAGAAUCUUCUGGAAUGUAUGGAGGAAAGGGCUGUUGCUAAGUGAGCUUUGUCUAAUAUCCCCCCGAGGAUAUUGCUAGAGCCCAAUUGAAGAGUGAAUUAAAUUCCACCCUGAUGCAAGCUUUUCCCAUUGCCUGAGAUAUCAAAAAGGAAGCUUCUGGGAUUGUGUAUGGGUGUUCUUAUCCCUGGGGGAAAAUCAAGGAUCUUGGUACCCCUAAUUCUUUAUGGAAAUGUUUAAGAUUAUUUUAAUUUUAUUACAAGUAUUACUAGAGUAGUGGUUCUGCUCUAAGAUUUCAAAAGUGCUUUUAGAAUCAUAAAUGUUUCUGACUCCACAUAUAUUGUUACUUCGGUGGAGAAAAAAACAGUAUAUUCUACUUGAGAAAUAUUAAAGAUAUUAACUAAGAGAAAUGUUCUACUUUGUUAUCUUAACAUUCAGUCAUCCAGAGAUUUAUUAUUUUUUUGAAAACUAUAUUUAACCAUUGAAAAAUCUGUACAAUAUAUCACAAAAAUCUUCAUAGAUUAUAAACAGAUGAGAGGAGUUCUAUUGAUUUGUCUACUGAGGCUUAAUGAGAAUUCUAUGCUUUAGAACAUGAAUGAUGGAAAUCCGGAAUUCUUGGUUCUGUAUUUAUAAUUUUGGAGAUUUCAUGGAGAAUACUCAAAAAAUCUAGGGGAGAAAAAAGUAAAUUCGUUAUUAUAAAAUAUAUAUUUAUAUUUAAAAGAUAGAGGCCAGCAAAGUUGAACUUACAAUUUGACAUUUGUUUUUUUAGUUUUAUUUAUUUCAUAACUUAUAAAAUAUUUAAUAUAUAUAUACACGCACAUUUUUUUUCUCUGUACAUAGUGGUUUUAAUAGCAGCUUUCAGAACUGAUCAUACAAAAAUUACAAAUCUGAAUUACAAAGUAAAGUUUUAACAGCCCCUCAAAAAAUUUGUAUUGAUUAUUCACUUGCUAAAGCUAAAGAAAUUAGGAAGCAGACAUCAGUGUUUGGGUGGUAAUAUAUUUUGGAAGUGAAGAAGUUGGAACACCUGAUUCUAAUUUGGUCAUCAUCAUAAAUUAAAAAAAGAAGAAGAAGAAGAAGAAGAACCACUCUGGGGAGUGCUGUUUGCAGGCUAAGCCAGGUGGCCUGCAGAUGUAAUAGCCUGAAGGCGUUCGGAUUGCACGUGCUCAGGCCAGGGCAGGGUAAAAACCGUGCUUCUUUUCAACACUGCCCCUCUGUGUUAUUUUUUUGUCAAGGUAAGUCUAGUUAAAAGAACUUCUCUGGAAAGGGAUGAUGCAAGGAAUAUUUUGAAUGCAGAGGAUUCCAGAAUUUGAAUUAGCACACAUGUGUUUGUGUGCAUCAAUAAUCCAACAAUGUAUAUAUUGCCACUAUGAUCUUCUGUUUCUAAUAGUCUUUUAACCGUAUAGAUCAUAAAUUUAUCCAAAAUUUUGCUUAAAAUAUUUUCAUUCUCCUCAAAAUUAUACUUUUAUAGUCCUAAGGCCAAGAAAUGUACUACAGUGUUCGUUUUAAAUGAUCAGUCCGCCCCUAAAUUGGAAAAAAAAACGAAACAAACAUGAAUCCCUAGCUAAAAACAGUAUCUGAGACUUUAAUCACAACUUUUUAGAAUAAUCUGUAACCAAAACUCACACUUAGGAAGUUAACGGAAAAGACUAAGCCCCAAAUUUUGAAAAGCAAUUAUGCCUUACUUGAAGUGCUGCUAAAGGUAUGAGGGUACCUUAGUGGGAGUGGUUGAAAUGGCGGUUACAGCCUAAAAGUUUCUGAGGGAAGGGGUCACAUGGCCUUCAGAAGACUUGUUCUACCUUCUUUUGGGUGCUUUUCUCUUUCCCCAUGUCUUUCUGUCUGUCUGUCUCUCUCUCCCUCCCUCCCUUCUCCCCACCCCCCUCAACCUCCCUUCAUUGUGACCCUCCCCCCUUCUCACUGUAGCUCUGGCUCAUUCUGUGUGCAGACACUGGCAUCUCUUUGAACAUGAAAAGUAAGCACUGUUGGGUCAGAUAUUUUUAUCCUGAUUUAAUAAUGUCACUGAGAUGUAGCCAGUGAAAUAGUUCUCAUAGUUAAAUGGUACCUAUAAGAAAAUAAAUCACAUAUUAUUUUUCAAAGAUAUUAAGCGUAUUUUAUAACUGUUUUUAUUUGGUUCUCGUAACAUGAAAUAAUAUGUGGAAUUCAUUCUUAUCAAUAAAAACAGAGAGCCCUGGCUAGUUGUGGAGAUAUAUCCAGAUUCCCCUAAUAAAAGUGUGCUUGGCGGGAGAGUUGAUGGCCCCUUUCUGAGCUGGGAUCGCAGAGCCAGCCUCAUGGGUUUUCAGUUCAUGUGGUCCUGCACUCGGAAGCCCCCUAUGCUUGGUUGAAGGCUCUGCUUGAAAUUCUUAAUAAUUUUUGAACGAGGGGUCCUGCAAAUCUAUUUUGCACUGAAUCCUUAAAUAUGUAGGGUGUCCUCAGUAUGAGGGAGGUUGGCCGAGGACAAGACAGGAGUUGCUUUAGUCUGGCUGAAUGCUCGAUCCAAUGAUCAAGAGUUUCACUUGUGACUCUGUUCCUCUGAGAACACUUGCUUUGUUUUCUCAGCUACGUUUAGAGUUCCUUGGGUACAUAUAUGCCCCGCUUACUGCCAGUCUGUCCAGCCUGUCCUGUCCGACCUAGAACCAGUCCUCCUUGCCUUUAAAAUUCCCCAGUAAGUGGCAGUCCUUUGACAUAGGAGCCAUGAGUUUAUUUCAACCUUAAGAAUUCUUCAGGAUUUGUUUUUAAGUGAUCCAGAUGUUUUCAAUCUGUUAGCAGUAUUCACAAAACACUGUUCAGCGAUGUAACAUAGGUAAACUAAACCAAAGAUUCAAAUACCUUGGAGGAAAAGAAAUUUUAUUUUAGGGAAUCCUGAGAUAUAUUCUUUUGGGUCUAUCUGUUUUGAGGUUCAUCACAAAACAAAGAGGAUUGCCAGCAUUUUAAUUACAGCACCCUAUAGUACAUCACAGCCCCUAGCAGGAGACUUUGACAUUUGUCACAGGUCAUACCUCACUUGAUGCAGGGGUCAGUAGUGGUUGCGCAGUGCUUUUCAACAAGACUAAAUGAGAAAAUCCAAACUGUUCUAUACAAACCGACCUGCAGAAACUGUCAUUUUAGGGGGAAUAAAAAUAGACAUGUGGUUUCUUACUGUCUCUACUAAACAUUCCAGGCCCCAUAGAUCGAAGAGCCACAUUCAGCUGAUAGUUGAGAACUGUUCCUUCACACACAGGGGCUCUCAAGCCUGGCCGACUGCUUGAUCACCGGGGGCCCUUUGACAGUCUCCGAGGUGCUGGCCGCCCGGGUUCAGAUGCUAAUACGCAGCGAGGCUGGAGAACCACUUUCAGGCUAACAACUUUAAUGGAACUUUUAUGAGUUUUAUAAUCUUUCUUGAGUUUUACUUUUAAAUCUAGACUAAAAUGAGCCAGAGAAUUCUAAAAAAUAAUUUAUGGCACAGAUGACUGGCUGAGACUAUUGUUUCAAGAAUGACAGACAGGUGGGUUGGGUGGGGUGUUUUGCACUGGUGGCAAUUGGACUAUAAUUUGACCUUACAUUUUCAGAAUUCUUGGUUCUCAGAUGGAGAGGAAUUACCAUUUGUAUACACCAGACAAGGCACCCAGUAUGUAAAACUCACGGGAGGUGUUCAUGGCAUAGAGUGUAUGCCUAAACUUAUGUCUGUUUUGAUUAUACACAUGUCAAUUUUUGCUAAUUAUUUCUUAUUGUACUCAUUUUUAGAAUCUGUUUUUGAGGGAAAAAUAAAACCUUUGAUCUGAUGUGUGAAGGAUUUGCAUCUUAGAUUAAUAAAUCUAUAGGGUAUUAGUAACAACAAUCCAAGCAAAUGUAGUUAUGGGUGGUUGGUUUGUUUUUAAUUUUUCACCUAGUUUCCAAAUCACAUUUACUUUGAUUAAAUUGCAUGUUGGUAUUUCACAACAAUAGGAAAACAUAACUAUCUGACAUCUUUUGACAUUCUUAAAAGAGUAAAUACCUGUCAAAUCUUGCAUUUAGGCUGCAAUUGAGUGAGAUAAAAGCUUACAAUGCCAAAUAUAUAUAUAUGGACGCAUUAUAACUUCUUACGAUUAUUCUUGAAGUUUUGAUGUAAAAGAAAAAUACAUUGAACAGUUCUUCAAAAAAUAGCACUUCCUUCAUUAUUUUUGUUUUUAGUAGCCAUUAACUUAAGGAGAAUAAAAUAAUUGCAAUCAAAGGAGUGCUUUAAUAUCAGCAAAAUAAAGUGACAACAGAAUUGAUGAUUUUCCUAUCAAAUGGGUCAUAUAAAAAUGCGCUAUUAUCACCAAAGAUCCUUUCAGUUAAAACCUUUUAGGGCGUGUAGCUCAUAAAAUCAGCAUCCAUCACCUUAAUGGUCAUUAUAAGUUUGUAAGUUUAGAUCACCAUUUACCCCAAAAUGGAAAGAUAGGUCGAUGUCCAGAAGCCCAGUAGUUUCUUCCCAUUCUCGGUGGUGCAAAUGGUAUAUAUUUAUGUCACGUUUGGAAGUUUCCAAUGUGCAUAACAUCCUUUUGGGAUUGCCUUGCUGGCCCAGAGGAGGGGUUCGCCAGUCCCAGAAUCAGGAAAUCUGGGUGGUAGGCCUGUUCGGCCACAAAGGAGCUGCCUCACCCUGGGAAGGUUACCAAGUGUCUCAGCCAUAUCUGAAACCAGAUUGAAAGCCCUCUACCUCCAAAGAGGUAACUGAUUAGCGUUGCCCUUAGUUUUUGAAAUUAAGGUAAUCACCGCCACAAACACAUAAUAAUACAACCAUAGAAGUGACUGCACUGUUCAAGUGCUUUAAUAUGGCAGCGAUAAUUAUUCUUAUUUUGCAGUCUGUACACCUAAAAACUGGUCAUUUUGUUAUGUGUCUGGGGGAAAAUAGUUUUUCAAAUUUCCACCGAAGGAAUUAAAAUAUCUGUAGAAGCCAUUGCUUGCUUUUAUAAUGUGGAAACCAUCUGACUUGCUGUGACUCACACGGAUCCCUCCUUUUAUCAGGGAGAAAAUUACUUGCAUUGUGUUCUUUGUUCAUGUUUUUAUUUUCUCCUUUGAUCGGUUGUAUAUAAGUGUACGUUUUUGUUACUUUUGCUGUGCCAGUUAGAAAUAUAUUUCCCAUAAAGUAUUUCUCCCAUUUAAGUCUGAUUAUGUAUGCUUUGCCUCGGUCUUUCCAAAAUAAAAUUUAUGUAAAUAUUUAUUUUAUAUAAAAUAUAAUGAAAAUAA